AUGGCAACCGCCGAAGUUCUUUUGCCAUCUUUGGCAGCCGAUGCCUUGGGCAAGAGUGACGUAUUCACCUACCAGGUUCCCAUCCAAGUCAACGCAGUUGUCCCUGAUGCCGGUACAUCGGCGCCUGCAACGGUCAACAAGGAGUACUUUCUUCUGAAUACGCAAGCUUUCAUCGACUUGCAAUUGUAUCUGAAGGCCGCCCUGCGCCUACCGGGUACGAAAGACCGUUUCGAUCUUGAGUUCCCGCGCAAAAUGUUUGAAAACUACAAGGACACUAAGACCCCUGUCCUCUAUGAUCUCAUGUGUGACACUCUGGUUGACAUCCAAAAUCAUUGCUUUGACUUCCAGAACAAGACCUUGAGUCCCAUGGUUUCUCUGGGUAAGAUCAUGGUAUUGCUUAGCAUAUCUGGAUACAUUGGCAACUACGCUGAGACUGCUGGCAAGCGCUCUGUAGAGCUCUUGGCUGCGAUGAACGUUAUUCAAGAUGGAGCUUCUAACUUAGAGGAUCCCAAGGUCAAAGAGGCUGUCGAGACAGCUAUGAUUAUCUGCCUUGAGCUUAGCGAUGAAGCCAAGCAGAGCAACGAGAAGUGUGCUGCAUUUGUCACGCAACUUGGCACUUUCAAGACGAUCACGGGCAUCGAUAAGGAGCGCCUGAAUACACUUAACGAACGCCAGUCAAUUGUCCUCCCCAGUACUGCCCAACUCAAUGCCGAUCUUCGCAAGGGUAUGGACACGGCGCGUGAUGAGCUUAACUCCUUGGCCAAUCAAGAAAACAAACAGAGAGAGAAGGCUAAAGCCAAUUCUGGUGUCCGAUGGUACUAUGCUGUCCCAUGGAUCGGCUGGGGUCUUGCCAUCUCAGAGACCGUCAAGAAGGCUGAUGCAGAGAAUGCAGUUCGAUCUCUGCAGAGGAAGUAUGAAGAAGUGGCGAACAAAGCAGGAAACGACCUAGCUACCGCGAUUUCUUUCCGAGAGAAGUGCAAGAACCUCACCGAACUGAUCAAGGAUGUUCACCAAUAUAUUCAACAAGCAGAGUCAGCUUUGACAAGUAUGGCUGGGGCAUUCAGCGCCCUGGAGACCGACCUCAACGACAUUGCCAACAAGCUGGACACUGUCAAGAAAUACGUAUCAUCCGGUAGCAAAGUCAGAACGAAGUUGGCUUUCUCUCGUCUCAACGAAGCCGGAGAUAAGUGGACCAAGGUCGCCUCCCUAGCCAAGGACUUCCAGCGAAAUGGACUUAUGAUGGAGGCUAACGUUAGGGCUGAGGACCCUCCUGCUACGCCAUCAGCGUCACUGGAGAUCACAAGUGCCCAUUAUGGAGGUGUUGAGUCUACAGCAGUAGCCAAGAUCUUAUUCAACGAAGGUGAGAACCUCCGCGUCCACAGUGUCGCACCUGGUUUCCAGGAGCCGUGGCAUGGUGUCAACAAGACUAUAUCAUUCACGUACGAGUUCGGCAAGGAGAAGCGGAUCUUUGUAUGUAGAGAGUACUCAGGCGAUCACGAUGUCAAGGUUGGUCCAAUUGAGAAUUCGCGCGAUGGUCGAUGCGAGGUGAGUGUUGUGGAGCCUCGGCCCAAGCCAGCUGGAAGUCCUGUGGACAUCCUCGCUAUUAUCUGGGGACCCAACGAGGUGCGCAGGCCUGCAGUAGAUGCAUACUGCUACCAGCAGUUCCACGCCGGAGCUGCUAUCGAAUGGACAAAUGACAAGAUGGGUGGAGAUACUUGGCCAGGCAUGCCAAAAUCUGGCGCGAUUUACUACACUACCAACGGAGGAAGCGCAGUCAAAUCCAUUUGUGGAAAGGAAGGAUCCUCCAGCGGUACUGCUUGA